CUCCCCUCCGACGGGGCGGAGACCGGCAGCCGGGCAGCCCCUUCCCAGCACUGUCGGCUGGAAGAUGGCGCAGCUGUCCGGGCUGCUCCUGGUCGAGCUGGCCCUGAACGCCGCCGCCUUCCUGUGCGGAGUCAUUUGCUCCUCCGCCCUCACCGUCACCCAGGGGGAGUUUGGUGGCCAGUGCAUCCUGUAUGGGUCUGUGCGCUACAACGGGACUCUGAGCUUAACCACUUCCAGCCACGUCUCGCUUUGCUACUUCGUCUCAGCCAUCUCCCUCCUGGCCGCCAUUUCGUCCUUCGUGGCUCUUCUCCGCAGCAUCUACAUUUCCUGCUUCAGCAACAGCGAGAGACAGUCGGGUGACGUGUGGGUCAAGGUGUUCUUGGUUAUCUCAGCCGUGGUCCUCUUCUUCUUGCUCAUCUCGGCCUGCAUUCUUCGGGUCGGCAUGGAUGCUCUCUGUGGGUCCAUUCAUACUUCUGCUGCUGCACCGAGUUGUCAAGAAGCUCAGCACCGCCCUUGGGUCCAGCCCUAUCGUGCCGCAAGGUUUUAUGACAACCUCUACACUGCAGAGUCGGCUGCCUGGGUGAACUUCUUCUUCUGGUGUUUGACGGCGUUGCUGCUGUACUUGGAGAGUGUUGGCAAAUUCCCAUUCCUGCCCCCUCAGAGCAGUGGCCUCACGUGGACCGACGACGAGACAGCGCCUAUCAUUGGGGAUGGACCACGUGGGCCAUCAUGAAGUGGGGGUAUCGCCAACAUUAUCAUCACUGCUGCUUUUUAGGGAGCAGCUCUGGGGCACCCCGCUUUUGCCUUCUCUUUCCCAUGAGCUUCAUAGAAGAGGGGGGUCUCUCUCCCUUAUUGUGCCCGGACAGCAAAACAUUCCGAAGAACCACCUGUUAACUUCUAAUGGACUCCUUCACGUUAACUUGGCUGCUCGACUAAAAAUUGCAGAAUUGCAAGAACCCAGAAGGUGGCCAGCAGCUUAACUGUUUGAGCAAUGGCUCUGCAGAUGUUUGCAUUUCCAAGGUGGAAAUUUUGACAUUUGAGAUAGAAUGGGCCAAAGGAAAGGCAAAAGUCUUUUGACUUCCUUGCUACCUGGAGUUGACUUGUGGAGUACGUUCAGGAAUGUCCCCAAGGUCCUCAUCUUUCGUCUGCCUUCCUGAAACUGCGGAACACUACCUGAAGUGACUUCUGUAGUCAUUUGGACUCAGUAAUUUCUCCUACAGUACUUUGGAGAAUCUCAAAAGCUUUCCAACGGCUUGUUCUUCUGCUCUGCAGUGAGGGAGAACUUGCCUGUUCCUAUUGUUUUCUCACAAAAAUCAAUAAAAUAUAUUUUUAAAAGAA